UAAACUUAACAGUAACCAAAUCAACAAAAGCUAAAUAUAUCUUCUUUCUCAUUUUCCUCCACACUACCUAUCUCUCUCUAUCAUCAUCAUCAUCAUCUUCUUGAACAUCACCUCCCACCUUCUUCUUCUUCAACAAUGGGAGAAAAAAAACAAAAAGAAAAAGAAAAAUCCAAAAAACAAAAAUACAAACACCCAAAUAAUGACUCAAAAACCCCUUCAGAUUUCACAUUUAAACCCAUCACAGACGUUAAAGGUCUCCGUUUUGGUGGUCAAUUCAUAGUUAAAUCCUUCACAAUUCGUCGUGCAAAACCCUUAGAACUUAACCGCAUCCUUUCACUUCCGUUACCAUCAAUUAUAAACACAGUUAAAACCCCUAAUUUCAGUUCAACAACAGCUUAUUUACCAACAAAUUUUACUAUCUUAGCACAUCAUGCUUGGCAUACCUUAACAUUAGGUCUUGGUACUAAAAAAUCAAAGGUUGUUUUAUUUGUGUUUGAAUCGGAGCAAAUGAAGAAUUCGGUUGACCCGAUUUGGCCCAUUGAGAUACCAUUAGGUGAAGUGAAUAAAAAAAUGAUACGUGGAUUAAAAGGUACUGAAAUGGCUAGAUUUAAAUUUCGUAAAGGUUGUAUUACUUUUUAUGUUUAUGCUGUUAGGAAAAUUGGGGAUUUAGGGUUUGGUUGUGCUGAAGAUCUGAAAUUGAUUUUACAAUCAGUUGUUGCACUUAAAGAUUUUAUUGAUCAUACUGCUAUGUUAGCUAUGCCCAAUCAAAGAAGCAUCAAUUAUGAAGCAGAUAUUCAACGUAUGGGAAUGGCUCAUUAAUAUUUUUUUUUUUUUUUUUUUUUGGGAUUAUAUACAUCGGCAGUGUAAAAGAUUUUUUUUUUUUUAGGUAAGUUUGUCUGUUGUAAUUUGGUCAUUUUAUCA